UUUUCACGUUUUUGCCGGAAAAUUUAUUAUUGGCUAGAGAUAACCGAUUUACACGUCGAGUAGAAAAUGAUUAUGUUUUGUCGCAGAACAUUUUCAUUGUAGUUUACAUUACGGCUAGAUGUUUAGAUGAAGUAGGGAUUGAACAUUUCGAUUUUGAUAUUCUCUAA